UUUUUUUUUUGAUUCCCAGGAUCCAAACUCAGGACCUCACACUUGCCAGGCAGGUGCUUAUGCCACUAGGCUAAGUCCCCAACCCCUAGUACUAUCUCUUGAUCACAUGAUCUUAUUACAACGUUUUAAACUUUAGAAAAUCUGCACAAAUGAACUGCUAUACUUACUCAAAAUUACCAAUUUUCAUUGUGAUUCAUUUGCUUUAUCGUUUUCUUUUACUUGUACAUAUUUAAAUAUGUAAAAUUGGAAAAAAUGUGUAUGAAGCCCUCAAUUUUUAAAAAGAAAAAGGAAGGAUAUUUGAGUGCUGUGUGUCUGGGUUAGUGAUAUUUGAUUUUAGUCAGACAGCUUAACACUAGGGAAUGUCAAGAUUAGAGUGGAUUUUUCUGUUGUGGUCUUUUCUCUUUAGUAUAUUCUGAGAAAGAGUCUUUCCCCUGUUGUCCACCCCUGAGAGUGGGUGGACCACCCUCAUCAGCAAAAAUUGUAUUGUCGCUUAGCUUCUGCUGGAAACCUCCCCACCAGUGUGGUACAUCCUCAGGACAUGCUGGCCAUUGAUGUAUGGGUGACCAUUGUGAAAAACAGGAGACAUGGGGCCUUUCCACGCCACAGCCAAGAUGUUCAGGUGGAAUAUGUGAUUUGAAGAUCUUGAUGUGGCUUCAAGGAGCUGAAAGAUUCAAAGUGCUUUAAGAAUGUUGGUUAGACCUAUAUACAUAUUAACAGGAAUCUGUGUAACAUGAAUUCAUAAAUUUGCUGGUUCUAAAACUAUGUGUAUUUUAUUUGUUAAUAAUGACGCCAAUUGCUUUACCAAAAAGAAUGUUGGUUAGGACUAAUACAAACAAAUAUGCCUUAUGCUAAAAAGAUCAAUGGAAACAUUAACAUUUCAUUACCUCCCCCAAAGUAAACCUAAUUUUGAUCAUUGUCAUAAAGGGAAAUUACAUGAGCCCCUUCCAUCCCCAGUUGUCUCCAGUCUUCAUUAAAAUGAUUAGCAUAUCCAUUUGAUAAAGGCAAAACCUGUAAAAACGCCUGUCCAAUUUAGGAGAGAAGAAUAUUAGCUAUAUUCUGACAAAUGUAAGAUAUAGGACUUGUGGGCUGCUUCUCCUUCCCCCACUUUUAAGCCGUUAUCAAAACUAUGAAAUAUGGCUUCUUAUUAAAGCUGAUUAUAAUAAUUAAAAACACUUCCCUUUCUUAAGGAUGAGAAAAUUACAAAUUAUUUGGAAAGCAUUGUUUCUAGUCAUGCCUUAUUGUUUCUGAGACAUGGGCAGUUUUGAAAGACUACAAUACUGUUCUUUUACAUUCACAUGUUAAUAGAAAUCUGGAAAGUAAGGCACUCUUCGGAAAUGUUCGGGGUUGUUUUUAUUAUAUGUCAAGUUGUAAACAGCAUUCCUUGACAGGUAUUUUCUCUCUUUGUCUUCUCUGGAGCUAAUUAGUAAUUUACACUCUAGUAGCAUCUUUCCCAGCCUCACUGUGUGAAAAUGCCUGCCACUCCGAGCCUUCCAUGCAGCCAGGCUGGCGAACGAUUGGGGCAGAUGUUGGUGAGAACAUCAGAAGGAUCAGGGCUGAAAUCCAUUUUUUCAUGUCAUAUUUUUAAAGGCUUUUGUAUGUAUCUUUCCUGCUCUGCACAACCCCUUCAUAUAAUAGGAACGUUAGGAUCUUCUGUAGCUUAGAACUACUGCCCUUGAUUCAGUGUGGGAUUUUCUCUUCUGGUACCAAAUCCCCCUUCCUGCAAUGUGGGAUUUGGGGAGGAUUAGCCCGCAGUCUGGCAGGGCAGAGCCCAGAGAGCCUCCGUCCACCCAUCUUCUGAAUCCGGAGCUUCAGGGCAUGGCCCCUAGAACCCACCCAGUGGUGCUGCUGGGCAGGUGGGUGGGGGCGGGAGGGGGCAGCACUGUGAGACAAGGAAGAUGCUUUGACAUGAUGCUCUCUUCUCUCCAAAGGAAGGACAGCCUUAGCUUUGUAGUAGCCUUUUCAAAAGGCAGCCAAGAGGGACCAAAAGAGACUUCAUGGCUUGGUUUGAGCAUUUUGUCACAUGACUGUUUUGCUCUUUCCGGCCCCUUGCUGUCUUUCUUUAGUCUCUGACAUGGGAAAGACCUGCAGGACCUGUCCUGUGUUCAUUUGGAUAGGCCAUGUGGAUGUGUUACAGCAGCAAGUGUGUGACUCUGAAAUCAUUUUGGAUCAGUUUGUUUUAUGAAUACAAAUUUUAGUUGAAAAUUAAAGAAAGGACAUGUAGAGAUAAAUGAUUUGAACCAAAACCUUUCCAAAAUGCCAGAUAAUUUGUGGUACUUAUUUCGCAGUUAUGGACACUAAUUUAUUAAGAUAAUAAGGUCAAGGUCCCUGUCAGAAAUAAUUAGACUCUCUUUGGCAAAAAUUGUUACCUGGGGGGGGGGCGGCACAAAGAAAAUCAUAUAUGAAAAAUUUAUGAAUAGCUCAGCUUAGGCAUCACUGACAGUGACAUUACAGUCAUAGACCUUGAGAUAUUGACAGCCGAUUAGCACUCAAGACCACAGGUCAUCUCACGUAUGUAUUUCUUUCUCUUUUCUUCAACAGGGUUUCACUGUACAGUUCAGGCUGGCCUUGAAUUCACUUUGUAGCCGAGACCGGUCUUGAACUCACAGUGAUCCUCUUGCCUUGGCCUCCUGAGUGUUGCCACCCUGCUCAGGCUCCUGCAUCUCAUUUACAUAUGCCCUUGUCCAACUGUUUCAGUUUUAUAAACCAGAGUCCCUGGAACAUCCCUCUGGAUGGCCACUGCCAAUCUUUCUUGUUACUCUUCUUUUUCUCUGUUCUAAUAGAAGCAGCCUUUUUUUUUUUUUGUACCAGGGAUCAAAUUCACAACUUCAUGCUUACUAGGCAUGUGCUUUAGCCACUGAGCUAAGUCCCCAGCCCCUGUAUCUUUUUUUUUUCAACCCUUGAGCCCAGGGUUGAAAAAAACACUGAGCUACAUCCCCAUCACUUUUAAUUCUAAGACAGGAAUAAUCCCAAACUGGUUGGGAAAUUGUGACCCUACUACCGCAGCCUGCCGAGUCUCUGAGAUUGCAGCUGUGCUGCAGCUCCUGUUUCUUUAUUGGUUUUUGAGGCAGUGUCUUACUGUGUAGUCCACACUGGCUUUGAAUCCACCAUUGCGGCCCCGGUUGGCUUCAGACUUGUAAUGCUUCAGCCUCAACCUCCCUGUGUUGAGAUUACAUUCACGGCUAUCCCUGGCUACAGCCACUUCCAUCUUCAUUUUGACCUUAUGAAUCCUAAAGGAGUCAAAGAUCAGAUUACUAAUGCUGCAUAUAAAAAGGUAAAAUAUUGCCAAAGUGAACUGAUCAAAGAGAUGAUACAAAGAUGAGAAAGUACAUAUGAUUAUGGAAUUGAAUAUAUUCUCGAUGUUUCUAAAAUGUGUAGUAUGGCGGGAAGAGCCUGUAACAAUGUACUGUAAGCAAAAGGUGAGUAUGCUGUAGAGAGCGAAGAGGUCACUGUCCUUUAUGCAUGUCAUUGUCCUUGCAAUGUGGUUGAACUGGCCAAUCAGAUAAACAUGACCAGUGUCCCUACUUACACAGCUAGUGUGAUUCUUAAAUGUUUUUCUCCAGAAGUAGUUCAGUUUAGUCUAGAACUAAUAGUAAACUCAAAAUGUACCUAAACUCUAGAUUCUGUAAUCUUCAUUGUUUGAAUAAAUAUACAGUGAAACAUGUAAUUACCACUUUUUUACUUACCAGACUGACAGAGAUGUAAAAAGCUGAUGAUAAGCAGUCAUGGAUGGAGAUUCGGGAAAGUUGGAGUCUCAUAGACCAUUGGCAGGCAUGUCAGGUUUUUUUGAGGUAAUUUGAGGGUUUCUGUUGGAGUGUAAAAUGUUUGUAUCCACUUCUAGCAAUUUGUCCAAUAGAUAGUCAUAUUCUUGCAUGAAAAAUCUGAGAAGAGUUUUUCUUCCCAGCAUUGUUUGUUAUGGGGAAAAUGACACCUGUCAGAGGCUGAUUAGCUAAUGUGUGGUGAUGAGUCCACACCAUAGAAUAAUGCUUAGCUGUCAAAACGCACAGCUCGUGCCAGGUGUGAUGACACAUACCUGUAUCCCAGCACUUGGAAGCAGGAGGAUUGCUAGGAGUUUGAGGCUAGCCUGGGCUACAUAGUUCAAGGCCAAGCUGAACUACAUAGCAAGACCCUGUCUCCGAAAAGCAAACAACCAAACAAACAAGCAAGCAAGCAUAGGUCUCUGUUUGCUCCUGUGGAAAUAUGUUAGGUGUUCAUUGUUACGUUAUAAAGUCUCAUUAUAGGUCACUAUAGACUAUACUUUUGUAAAACGCAAGGACUGGAGUUUUUUUUGGGGUGGGGGAGAUAUUUAAUUUUUAAUCUGUACACUUUGGGUGCUGAGAACCUAUUUCUGAGAAUUAUCCUGUAGUGGGGAAGGAAAAGAGGUCGGCAAAGAUAAGAACUGUUCCGUUGCUAUGAGCCGCGCUCCUCAAGGUUUCGAGUGAGAAGUGAGGACUGGACUGGCAGGAAGAGCAUAGCGUGGAGGUUGAGACUGAGGCAGUGAUGCAGAGCCUGCAUUUGUUUUGUGAGCUGGGACAGCAGAAGUGUCUCCUCACGGCUAAACCAGGUAGUGCGCUUACAGCGUACGGAGCAUUGCGGCACAUGGCGAACGCCCAGAGUUAGCCUUCAUCACUGAGUGAGGUGCACACUGUCUUCUAUUAGCCUCUCUGGACUACUGCGAUUGCUCUUGCUAACACAGUGAUGAUUUCACAGAACCCACAGACAUCACACUGUUUCUUCAUCCUUCCACCUACAGGCACUUAGUGUCAAACGCUGAAAUACUAAAGUAUUGCAAUUUUAAAGCAAAAUUAGGCAUAUAAGGUCCUACAUGUCCCGUUAGUUUCCUUUGCCAGUAUUAUUAUGUAUGCCAGUUAGCAUCUGAGUUUUAUGUCAUUUCAUUAUGAGACAUUUAAAAAAGAAAGGAAACCUUUCUUAAAUGUCAUUUUCUGUGCUCAGGGGAUGUGAGGUAGAUGCGUUGCUUUGCACGGAACAUGUGUUUUGUUAGCAGUGUGGUGUAAUGAGCACAUUAGUACAACACCUAGAUUGGCAGCCAGCAUUUUGUUUGUGAAAUCUUUUAGAAAACUGAAAUCUGGUGAGAAGGUUCCUAAGCAGUUAAAAUAUCUUGUUGCAGUGGGUAUUUAAUAGAACAAAUGAAGCCAAAAAAAUUCUCUUUCAUAAAGUAAUUGUUUCACCACUGAAAGCUCUGAGAAGAGGUGUGUGAGCCAAGGACUGAGACAUGCCCGUGUUAUUUAUGUAGAGCUGUUAGUGCUUUUUUAAUACUGGGGCUUGUCCUUCAAAGAAUCUGAAGGUGUAAGGCCAAGUGUGGUGGCACACGCCUAUAAUCCCAACACUCAGGAGCCUGAGGCAGGAGGAUCACUGUGAGGUUGGAGCCAGCCUGGGCUACAAAAUGAGUUCAAGGCCACCCUGCACUGCAUGGUGAAACCUGUCUCAAAAAACAAAACAAAACAAGAAGAGUAUUUUCUGAGGUUGUAAAAACACACCUGCGUAAAUAAGGAAAAUUUCUGUUUAAACCCAGUUCUUGGCACCUUGUAAGUAUUUAAUACAUUGUAAAUUAUGUAAAUUAAUGUAUGCAUGAAUAAAAAGCAUUAGUCCACCUUUCUCCCUGUGACCUGGGCAGUCUAACACUGGUGCACAAAGGCCUUCAGUCAGCCCUCACACCCACAGCCAGCUCUCUACUGUGUCUGAUGUGUCUUGAUUCUAUGUGUAUUUUUAUAAAAUGUUUGAUGAUUUUUUUUGUAUAGGUAUCUUUAAUUAGAUAAUAGCUUAUCAUAUCACACUGCUGUAGCAUUUGACUGUACGCAUCUCCUGUCAGAAUACUAUGGAUCUCAAUCUGGUUUUGCUUUUUUCACUCAGCACUGUAUUUUAAAAUUAAGGCUGGAUGUAGAUCCAGCUAAUGGCUCCUAUGUGCAGCAUAGGAUCCCAUCGUGUGUAUCAUUCCCAUAGCGCUGGGCACCUAGGCUACUACAAACAAUGCCACCAUCUUGGACAUGUUUGAGAGUUUCUAGAAUCCAGAUCCAGGAGUGCCGAAGUAGAACGAGUGCUGUUCAGUGCUGGACAGCUGUGCCACCAUCUCCCCAUCAGCACUGUGUUCCUGGAACCUCCCCCAGCGCUCUUGUCCACAUUUCUAAUUGUUGCCAUUUGAUGAUGUCUCAUUUUAAUUUACAUUUCUAAUUACUAGUAAGUUUUAGCAUUUCUUCAUAUUCUGGUUAGCUGUUUUCCUUCUGUGAAUUACCUUUUCAUAUCCUUUGUUUCCUGUAUUUUUCUUGAUUUAUAGAAAUCAAAAAUCAGUACACACACACACACACACACACACACACACGUUUGUUCCUGUUUGGUUUUGAACCGUACUAAUAUCAUCUCCUGGGAAAUCACCUAUUAUUUUUUUUGUGUGUUUCCCUACUCCCUCCAGGACUGGGGAUUGAACUCAGAGCCUCAUGCAUGCUGAGCAAGUGCUGUAUCACUGAGCUACAUUUCGUUUUGAUAAAUAAAAUUUUACUUUGGUUUGAGACAAGGUGUCACUGAGUUGCUCAGGCUGGCCUGGAACAUGUGAUUCUCCUCCCACAGCCUCCUAAGUAGUUAGAAUUACAAAUGUAUGCUACUGAACCUGGCUAUCUGUAGUGGUCUUUACUGAACACAAAUGCUUGAUUUUUACAUAGAUCUAAUGGUUUUGUUUUUGUUUGUUUGUUUGUUUUGAGACAGGGUCUCAGUAUGUAGUUCAGGCUGGUCUCGAACUACUUGUAUAUCUGGGCUUGUAUAGUGAACUCAGUGAGCCUCCUGCCUCAGCUUACCAACUGCUGGGAUCACAGAUGUGUGCCCCCAUGCUCAGCUCAGAUCUAUAAUUUUUUAAAAAAUCACUAACACAUUAUAUUUGCCUUAUUAGCACUUCUUAGACAUGAGUCUCCCAGAUCAUCUCCUCAGGGCUUCUUCUUUUGGCUUUAUUUUACCCAAUAUUAUUAUUAUUAUUAUUUUGGUCUUUUUCCUUUUUAUUGGUACCGGGAAUCAAACUCACGACUGCCUGCUUACAAGGCAGGCGCUUAUGCCGCUGAGGUAAAUCCCCAGCCCUCCACUGUAUUUCAUGCUGGCCUCAUUAUGAAUCCCAGUCUGGCUUCAAAUUCAUAGCAAUCCAUCAGCCUACUGAGUGCUGGGAUUACAGGUAUGCACCACCAAACCUGGCAAGAAGUCUAAUUCUGUUGAUGUUAUGCUGUUAUUUUAUUUUAUUUUAUCAGUACUGUGUUUUUAACCGAGCAGUAUCCCCAUCCCAUUUUUAUUUUUUUAAAUACUGGGAAUCAAAUUCAUAACCUUGCACUUGGCCAGGCAGGUGUUGUGCCACUGAGUUACAUCCCUGCCCCUUUCACCCCCAACCCAUUUUUAUACUGGGACAGGGUCUUGCUAAGUCCCUGAAGUCCUCUGGGUAGGUUGGAAUUUUCAAUACUCCUGCCUCAGCCUUCAGAGUGCUGGGAUUAUAAGCAUGUACCACCAGCUUUGGAUUCUCAGUUCUUUUUUCCUCCUUUGAGAUAUGCUGAAAUUUUACAAUAAUCUGCCUCACUUUUGGCCUUGUUGUAUUUUUUGUGCCAACCUCUAUGGAGGCCUUUUCAAUUUGGAAAUACAUUUUUAAGUUCUGAGAGUUUUUUAAUUUUUAAAUAUUUUAACCAACUUUUAAAAUUCUUCCCAACCUUUACGUCUACCCUCAUGCCCUCAGUUUUCUCUAAGACUCUUACUACUUUUGUUAAAAGUUUCAGACAGGUGGCCCUUUAAUUUUUUUCAUUUUUGUUAUUUUUCUUCUUUUUGUCUUUCUGAUCUUGAAAAGUGUCUUAGUCUUCAUCUCCAGAAUAUCCUAAUUAGUUUUAUAUUUCUGCUGACAUAGUUUUAAUUUUAAGAACUGUUUUGACAGAAAAGUGGUUUGGUGUGAGAAGGACCCAGCCUGCCCUUGCUGGAGACGCAGGAAGGGGCCAUGAGCCAAGGCCAGAGCAGCGCUCUCAGGGGAGGGGAAAGCAAGGGCUGCUCUGGCCUGGCUUCUCCGGAGCCGCCUUAGUUUUAGUCUGGUGCAGCCUGCCUCGGUCUUUGGCCUCCAGAAUUGCGAGAUAAUAAAUCAUGUUGUUCAAACAAAACAACAGCAACAAAAAGAACUUUUUCCUUUGAAUAUUGCUUUUUAAUAGUUUUCUAUUUUUUUGUUUCAUAGAUGGAAUAGUUCUUCUUAGUUAUACUUUUUUUUUAAACAAAAUAAUUUAUUCAGCUUCCUUUACCAUCUUGGUUUCCUUAAAACACUUUUAUUCUGUAUGUGUGUAUUUCAUUUAGGAAUUUCCUUAUCUACAUAGUUUUGAAUGUCUUAUGUUCAGGAGUAAGCCACUAAAAACUUAUCUUCUCUAGUAUUCUUCACCUUACCAGUAUAUCUCCAUCUUCUCAUUACACUAAUUGGAAAUAAAAGCCACCUCUGCCCCAUCCUUUUUUUUUUUUUUGAGAUGAGGGCUUGCUAUGUAGUUUAGGGUGGCCUGAAACUCACUAUGUAGCCUAAGCUGGCAACCCUCCUGCCUCAGGCUCAGUACUGGGUUUAUAGGCAUAUGCUACCAUACCACCAUAAACCCAUAUUUUAUUUUAUUUAUGUUAUUUUAUUGAAAAUAAAACUAAGCAAAAUAAAACAAAAUAAUGCCAAUCAAAACAAACCAGUGUGACACAGAAUUUCAAAACAAACCCAUAUUUAUAUGUAUUAUUUAUUUAUUUGGUGCUAGGCAUCUGACCCAGAGCUUCAUGCAUGCCACUCAAGUGCUCUGUCACUGAGCGGUGCUCCCAGCUUCUCUCUAACCAUACCUCUUAAACAUUGCCCCUAAAAUGUAGUUGUAUGCUCUGUCUUUUCUCCCUGCAUUGCUGGAUAUUGAACCCUUGGCCUCAUGCAUGCUUGGCAGAUGCUGUGCUGCUAGGCUACAUUCUCAGCCCAAAAUUUUAUUUUUUUGUACUGGAAAUCGAACUCAGGAUCUGCACUUGCCAGGCACGCGAUUGGUAGCUGAGCUAAAUCCCCAGCCAGCAGUGUAGCUGUUAGGCAUGAUAUUGUUUUUCCUAGCAUAGGUGACUUGGAGAGCUCCACAGACUCUUAAGUACUAGAGAUCAAACAGUGGGUCUUCACACUGAGCUGCAUCCCUAGUAACAUCCCAGACUGGGCUCAAACUUGUGAUCUUCCUGCUUCAGCCUCCUAAAGUGCUGACAUUACAUGCAUGUGCCACCAUGCCUGGCUUCUACAGAUUAUAGGUCUUGUCUAAAUACUCCUGACUUCCCUGGCUCAGGUAGGUACUUCAGCAUUUUAUCUAAAUGCUAUAAUAACUUUAGAGUUAUCCAUUUCAAUUUUACCAGUACUAGGAUGGUUUUUAAUGGAGAUUUUCAGGGGAAAACAAUUUAUACUUAUACUAUAGUGAAUAGUGAUAUUUAGGUUAGGUUAGAGUUAACUUAUUUAAUUGUAAAGGAAGUGUGGUACUCCUGCCUCAGGCAGGAAUAUUAGAAACAUAUUAAAAAUGCAGUGCUUAAAGUUUUUAUUUGAAAUAUUUUCAAUUGGGUGGGGUGGUACACACCUGAAAUACCAGUACUCAGGAGGCUGAGGCAGGAGGAUCACUGCAAGUGAGGUCAGCCUGGGUUACACAGUGAGUUCAAGGCCAGCCUGAACUACAUAGUGAAGCCCUGUCUCAAAAAGACCAAAAAAUUUUUUUCCUGUUUGGGGUUUAUUUUUUGUUUGUUUUUGUUCUUUUUUAUGGCAGGGGGUACUGGGGAUUGAACUCACAACCACGAACUUGCCAGGCAGGUGCUUAUGCCACUGAGCUAAAUCCCCGGCCCAAAAUUUCCUAUUUGUGAGACACAAGUAAUUUUCUAAGUUAUUUAGAAAUGAUUCUAGGAAUGGGGAUUUAGCUCAAUGGCAUAAGCGCUUGUCUGGCAAGUGCGAGGUCGUGAGUUCGAUCCCCAGCACCAAAAAAAAAAAGGAUUCCAAAGGAUAAUCCUUUUUUUUUUUGGUACCAGGGAUCAAACUUAUGACCUCACACUUACCAGGCAUGCACUUGAACCACUGAACUAAAUCCCCAGCCCCAAGAAAUAAUCUUUAUAAAACAACUACUGAUUCUUUUCAGAGUUUUCUGUGAAAACAAUUAGCUGCCCUGACAAGUCUUUAUGUUUAAAUUCUAAAGUUAGAGGAGAGUGCGGUGGUGCAUGCCUAUAAUGCCAGCACUCUGGGAGGGUGAGGCAGGAACACUGCAAGUUCAAACCUAGCCUUGGCAAUUUAGGAACCCCUGUCUCAAAGAUAAGAGACAGGGUGGAGGGAGUUCAGUGAGAAAGCCUUGGGUUCAAUAUCCAAUAUGGGGGAAAUUGGGUUAGAAAUCUUUUUUGUGAAGGAAGUACAGAGUCAGGACAGUGGCUUAGCUCCUUGACUCAACUGCUUGUCUGGUAAAUGCGAGGUCGUGCGUUUGAUUCCCAGUACUGAAAAAAAGGCCCAUCGCCAGCUAAGUUUACCAUGGGCAGACAAUGACUGAACCUCGCCGUCAGUCACUGAUGUGGGAUUACUGGGUCUAGACCAGCACAGAGCAGUCUCAGGUGUGCAGGCUGCCAUGUGCGUGGUGGGGUGAUCCUGGGCCAGUCCUCUGCCACCCAGUAGGACUCUUCAUCCUUCAUCUGUAAAGCACCGCCGACAUCCUUCUCCCGUGAGAAUGAAUUGAGCAAGCGCAUGUGUGCUCGUGUAGUAGGAGGAGAAUAAAUGUUUACAAACGUCCUCUCCAUUAAAGUUGCUACCCUGUACAGACGAAACUGUUGGGUAGCAUUUGUAGGAAGUUCUCGGCAGUGAUGGUGUUCCUGUUUCACAAUGGUUUGAAUGUAUGAUGUAUGCGGGCAGUUGAAUCUUAGCAACUAAUAUCUGUUAGAUACAGAAUGCGUUACAGUCAAGAUUGGAGUUGACCUGUGCAUUGAAAGAGCAGCUCUGCUAGACGCUCUUUGAUUUUGUGCCUGACACUGCUGCUGUUCAAACUAAAGCGGAUUUGGUGUUGCUUUUGUUUGCUCUUAGCUGGCCGAGUGGGCACCGAGCAGGCGCGUGAGGCCAUGGCUCCCAGGUCACUUUGUUUGUGGUGAGAAGGGAUUCGCAGUCUGGCUGAGAGCUAAUGCCCUGCAUCCUUAUUAAGCUGUCAGUUCAGACUAGAUGUUAUUUAACUGAAAUAGAGAACCGGAAGCCAGAGGCAGUUUAGUAUUCUUUAAAUUCUGCCUGGCUCGUCUGGCUGUUUUAUCCUCACUUCCCUCAGCUCCCCUGGCAGGUUUGUGUAUUGGUCUCUCUUCUUGGCAGAACAGUGAUCUAAAAUCUUUCCUUUCUUUGGUAGCAGAAGACAACUAACUAGCACAUGUACAGCUGUUGACAGUUUAUAACACACGUGCACACGUUUUCCUCUAACCUUUGCAGCACCCUUGAAAGGGGUAGAACUGAUGUUCUGUCUGUCUACAAGCUCAGAAGUAGGGGUCUGAAGGUGUUACUGAGUUCCCCAAGUUGCACUGCGAAUAAGCUGGGUCUUAGACUCAAGCCUUCAAGUUGGAUUCUAAAGUUCAGGCCUUUUUACUCUCCCAUGUUCUUGGGUUCCAUCUUCUAGUGUUGUAUUGAACCUGAAGUUGGCAGGGCAGGUAGGUUCCUAAAGCCUUUUUGAUCCUAAUCUGCUCUGUAACAUUUGGGCAAAACUUCUAAUGUGGAGCGUGACCAUAUUUCAGUCUGAGACUCCGGCUCUCUUACCAUAUCACUGUAUUGAUUCCAGAUGGUUUUUGCUUAGAGAGGCCAAACCAAUAUGAAAUGUUUUGUUCUGAUACAACAGUGUGCUUAUACAGAGGUGAUAAAGUUCAAAUUUGCAAUGGUACGAGAAUGUGUGACAUUUUAUUUUAUUUUGGUACCAGGGAUCAAACUUACAACCUUGCACUUACCAGGCAAGCUCUUGAGCCACUGAGCUAAAUCCCUGGCCCAAAUAUGUGACAUUUUAAAUUGACGAUAAAUACUUUAUAAAUAUGAGAAAGCAUUUUGCAUGAGGAAUGAAAUUUAAGACACAUAUAAAAAAAUGGAGUCCUCUACCAGUAACUCAUUUGCCCAGCAAUACAUUAAUAUGUCCUUUGUUUUGGUGGUGUGCUGUGUCAACAGGAUGCAAUUGUGAAUAAGAAGCCCUGCCCUGGGAAGGCUAGGCUGGUGUGUAGUAUAGCACAGCUUCCCAAACCCAUGGGCCACAUUUCUGUUUCAUGUAAGGAAGCAAUUUAACAAAGAGUAUAAAAGAAAUCAACAUAUUAGAGAAAUGAGCUGCAGUGUUCCCACCUAGGUUAUUCCACACUCCAUCAGAGCGUGUGAGUACAUCCUAGCAUCCUUUGUAUUUUACAGAAAUCUAUCAGUCUCUGUUUUGCAGUUUCUAUGCAGAAGACCUGAACUUAAACCUAUGGGACAAACUAAUAACUCUGAAUCUUAGAACAGUGAAACCAGAAGGUUGUGACUCUCUCUUCAUGCUGUCCUGGUGCACACUGAAAUGUAAAGCAUUACGUAUUUCUUUUCGCAUUAUUUACUCUGCGUGUGAUAAGAACAAAGUCUUAGAAUUUAAAAAUUUGAGUUGCCCUAGAGAUGAUGCAGCUCAUCGGGGCAGUGUGUGUGGACUGAACUCCAGGCUGCCUAAUACUAGUUCUUUUCCCCGCAAGCUACAGUGGGGCUUUAACUAGGCAGCCCAGAGACAUUGGUUUCUGACUGUGGUCUCCUUAAAUUUUCAUAUGAAGUUUCCUUGUCUAAUAUGGGUAAAUGUAAAUUUUUUCUUUGUUUAGUUAUGUGAACUUUCUUCCUCUACUUAACUGUCUGAAUUUCCUUUACCUUUGUAUUGUCCAAGAUUUUUGACCAGUUUUAAUUUGGAUAAGAUAUGCCCAAAUCAUUUAUGAUAUAAAUUAAUUCAUAAUGUUAAUUUAAAAUAUGUCAUUCUUGUAAACUUUCUAACCAAAUGCAGAAAAAGCAUCUAAUCCUAACUUGAAUUUUGAGCCUUUGCCUCUUUGGUAGUGACUCCAAAACAUACAGCAUUAGAUACAGCUCCCUAGAUUGUCACCCUGCCUCACUCACUCUUGGGGCUGGCCUGAGAUGCCCAACAGAUGUGUGUACAGUACUAUAGUAAUACAUUCAUGCUUACAUGCCAGUCUUCUUUGACCGUUUGUCAUAAGGCUUUCUACUAUUUGCACUUACAGAUUGGGAUAGGUAGACUGUGUGGCUGGACCGAGGACGUGCUUCAGUCCUACAAGGCCCCGCUGAUAAAAUCAGAAAGUGAUUGAGUGGUGGGAAGUAAGCCUGGUGUCUUAGAGCCUUAGAAUGUGAAUGGAAAUAGCAGGUGGACUUCAGAUGUUUUUGUGUUUCUCCAGCCUCUGCAGUCCUUCAUCAGGAUUGAUUCAGGCAUUUUUUAGACAUCACAGAUGCUCAAUAAGACAAGGAGCUGUUGCUGACCACUAGGAGCUGAAAGGAGAAGGCAGCCACACAUUGAACAUGGCAUAAUAUUUGUAUUUUGAAAUGUGCCACGUAACUGAGUUUGUUGAAAAAGGUACAUGUUGGUCAAAUUUAUUUUCUGAUUUAAAUUUAUUAAUAUUCCCAGUUAACGUUUUUUUUUGUCUUCUGAGGCAAGGUUUCACUAUGCAGUUCCGACUGGCCUUGAGCUCACUUUGUAGCCCAGGGUGGCCUCAAACUUGCAAUGACCCUCCUUCCUCAGCCUUUCAAGUGCUAGGAUUACAGCCAUGCACCACCACAUCUGGCUCAGUUAACUUUUUGAACUUUUAAAAAUAUAGUAAUAGGGCCAUAGAUUUAGCUCAGUGGUGUAAGCACCUGCCUGGCAAAUGUGAGGUUGUGAGUUCAGUCCUCGGUACCAAAAAAAAAAAAAAACAAAAAACAAAAAACAAAACAAAAACCCACUCAAAAAUAUAUUAUUUUUUAAACUUUUUUAAAAAUUAGUACUUGUUUGCAGUACAUGCAAUUUACAGUUUUCUUGAGGAGUAUUACAUUUAACUUUCCUAUUAAUUACAAGUUGAGAUCCCUCCUCAGAAAUAUAAAAUAUAUUAAAGUCUUUUGAGAUAUAUAUUUUGAAAUAUUUAAGCCACAUUUUAAGAUACAGAUUAUAUGUAUUUUAAAGAUAACACCUCUUCUACUUGGUUAGCCAUCUGAACAUGCCCUGUCUGCCUCCAUUAACACAGUGAGUGAUCAAAGGAGGUGGAUUACUGCUGACACCAGGCCUUGGGGCUUGCCUUUCUUCAGAGCAGAAACCCAGACUUGAAUUGUAGCUCUGCCACGUAUGGGUUCUAUGGGACUUAUUUGUGCCUCAGUCUCCGUGUCGGCACAAUGGAAAAUAACAAUACCUACGUUAUAGUUGUAAGGAUUAAAUGAGCUAAAAUCUAUAAAGCACUGAGAUGAAUGCCUGCCAUACAUUAAAGGCUGUGAGUUGUUGAUGGCCAUCUUAAUAAUUGUUGUGAUUGCUAUUAUUUGUGAGAUAAAAUUUAGUCAGAUUAGAUUUCUUUUUUUUUCUUCUUUUUCAUUUUUAUCGGUACCAGGGAUCGAACUCACGACUGCCUGCUUACAAGGCAGGCGCUUAUACCACUGAGCUAAAUCCCCAGCCACGUCAGAUUAGAUUUCAAAAAUUGAUUUUUACCAGGCAUGAUGGUGCACACCUGUAAUUCCAGUACUUGGGAGGUUGAGGCAGGAGGAUCAAGAGUUCAAGGCCAGCCUGGGCUACAUAGCACGACCCUAUCUCAAAAAUAAGUAACGUAUAACGUAACUUAGUUUUAAGUACAAUUAAAUUAACUUUCAACUUACUUUGGUGCUCUUACAUUGAAAGUGAGAUUGUUUGGAUAGGAAAGUUUUCCAUUUGUACAGCGCCAGUUCAGUUUUCCUAGAGUUUGCCCGAGACCUCUCAACCUAGAAUGUGGAAGAGCUGAGCUCUCUUUGUGUGUCUCCUGCACUUCAUGAUCACAGGGCGUCUUCUGCCUUCCGGACCACUCUUUCUUGCCUGUGCCACUGGUUUUUACCACAGUGUACCAGACUUGUCUCUGAUUUCGGGAGGCCCUAACCGCAGCGUUUGCAGAUUUUGUAGACUAAACUGAAGGUGGGGAAAUAGAGAUGGGUGAGCCUUGCUCUGCAGGAAGGCAGACCACUUUCCUAGUAAGGCCUCCCAUUCUUAAAAUGUUUUCAGAGCUCCCUUGACCUGAGUGCUUCACCCCUACCUAAUCCCAGCUUUGCUCCAUUAUUCUGACGCUUCUUUUCUUCUCUCCCUUUCAUUCUCCUCAUUAUUCUUCUCCCCAUUCGCUUCAGAGAUAAAACAACACAUUCUGCCCCUUGUCUAAUGCAGAGCAAUUUCCCUUUCUUGACAACCAUUCUGGGAUCUUGACAGCCAUUCUGUAGAGGGCCACCCACUCCAGGGGACUGGACAGGAGAGGCAGGGGGCCAUACUGAGGGAAGACAUUUUCACAAAAGAAGUUUCUUCCAAGAGGAAUUCUUGUGUUAGCCGUUAGGGUGACAAAAUAGAGAAUAUUCCAUCCUGUCACAUGGUAGCCAAGAAUACCAAUCUCAAGAUUAAUUGAGUUAAGACUCAAAUGAAGUAUUAGAAAUGUGAAAAAUUACUAUAUAAAUAUUUUGUCCAAAUCAUAAACUUCAAUUUUUGGUUAGGAUAAUGUCCUUGGGAAUAUAUUCUGCUUUUAAAGAAGCAUGCUGCUUCCAUAAAGGUCACAAAUCGAAUUAACACGAGUCUCUUCAUGUCAUCUUGCAUUAUUAUAUUUUACUUUUUUUUCCCUCUGAGGACAGCCCCCCCCCCCAAGGGACAACUUUUUUAUUUCACUCUUUAUUUCUUUCCUUCUUCUUCUUUUUUUUUUUUUUUAAAUUUUUUUGGUAGUAGGGUUGGAACCCAGGGCUUCGGGCACACUAGGCAAGUGCUGUGUGCUGUGUCAUCAGCCCUUCUCUGUGAUUUGAGCCACAGUCUUACUGAGUCGCGCAGGCUGCCCUCUCACUCUCGAUCCUCUGCCUCGGCCUCCCAUGCAUCUGGGAAUACAGGUAAUAAAGAAGAGGAAACCUAACCAAUUAUUGUGGAGUAAUAUGGAAGAAGAUGGGAAGAGCUUGUUUAAUGGAUGCUGCCAGCUGCUGCAAGUGUAGUCUCGCCAUGGGGGAGCUUGUGCACUUGAGCAAGUUGAGAUGUGUGUCAGGUGACUCUUCAUCGGCCCCUUGGCAACUGAUAUGUUACGAAGUUGGAACUUCCAAAGGAACCAGUUUUGAACUGAAAAUGAGGGAGUCGAGUUGAAACGCCAGUUGCGAGGUCAUCCUUUGAAAGACUGCUCAAAGGCGUUUUCUUUCUCUCUACCCGCCUCCCUCCGCUUGGGCCGGCGGUGCAGGUUGAGGGAGUGGCCACUGCGCUGAGACAUGGAUAGAUGCAAGCAUGUAGGGCGCUUGCGGCUGGCCCAGGACCACUCCAUCCUGAACCCCCAGAAGUGGCGCUGCCUGGAGUGCGCCACCACCGAGUCGGUGUGGGCCUGCCUUAAGUGCUCACACGUGGCCUGCGGCCGCUACAUCGAAGACCACGCCCGGGAGCACUUUGUGGAGACCGGACACCCGCUGGCAAUGGAAGUCCGGGAUCUCUACGUGUUCUGCUACCUGUGCCAGGACUAUGUGCUCAAUGACAACCCCGAGGGGGACCUGAAGCUGCUUCGGAGCUCGCUGCUGGCUGUGCGUGGCCAGCAGCAGGACCAGCCGGCGCGGCGCGGGCGCACGCUGCGCUCCACUGCUACCACCCCGGCCACCGCCCCAGGUGAGGACGCCGCCCUACCGCUGCACGCGCCCCGGGGGCAGCCGCAAAUGCUCGCGGCGCUGUGGCACCGGCGCCAGCGCCUGCUGGCCAGGACGUUGCGGCUGUGGUUUGAGCGCAGCUCUCGGGGCCGGGCGAAGCUGGAGCAGCGGCGGCGCGAGGAGGCCCGAGAGCGCAGCAGGGAGGCAGCACGGGCGCGGCGGCGGGAGGAAAAGCAGCGGCUGCUGGAGGAGGUGGCAAGCGCACCGCCGCGCAAGAGUGCACGCUUGCUGCUGCACACGCCACGGCCCCCCGCGCCCACGCCUGCCGCUCUCAAGUUGCGUCGCCAGCCCGCCGUGGCCCCGGGUGUCACGGGCCUACGUAACCUGGGCAACACUUGCUACAUGAACUCCAUCCUGCAGGUGCUCAGCCACCUCCGCAAGUUCCGAGAGUGCUUCCUGAAGCUCGACCCCUGCACCACAGAGCACUUGUUCGCACACCGGAAGGCCCGGCUCUCAGCCACGGAGCCACAGGCCAGCAGCGACAGAGCUGAGGCUUGCAGGCGCCACGACCUCUGCUGGACCGGCGGGGCCUCUCUCAGCAGGAGCCUGGAACUCAUCCAGAACAAGGAGCCCAGCUCCAGGCACAUCUCGCUUUGCCAUGAGCUGCACACACUCUUCCGAGUCAUGUGGUCUGGGAGGUGGGCCCUGGUGUCGCCCUUUGCCAUGCUGCACUCCGUGUGGAGCCUGAUCCCCGCCUUCCGUGGCUACGACCAGCAGGAUGCGCAGGAGUUCCUGUGUGAGCUGCUACACAAGGUGCAGCAGGAGCUUGAGGCCGAGGGUUCUACGCGCCGGAUCCUCAUCCCCUUCUCCCAGAGGAAGCUCACCAAGCAGGUCUUAAAGGUGGUGAACACCAUCUUCCACGGGCAGCUGCUCAGCCAGGUCACAUGUAUAUCAUGUAAUUACAAAUCCAAUACCAUUGAGCCCUUUUGGGAUCUGUCCCUGGAAUUCCCUGAACGCUAUCACUGCAUCGAGAAGGGAUUUGUCCCUUUGAAUCAGACAGAGUGCCUGCUUACGGAGAUGCUGGCCAAGUUCACUGAGACAGAGGCUCUGGAAGGAAGAAUCUAUGCUUGUGACCAGUGUAACGGCAAGCGGCGAAAAUCCAACCCCAAACCCCUUGUUCUGAGCGAAGCUAGGAAGCAGUUAAUGAUCUACACACUACCUCAGGUCCUCCGGCUGCACCUUAAGAGAUUCAGGUGGUCUGGCCGUAAUCACCGUGAGAAGAUUGGGGUCCAUGUCGCCUUUGAGCAGGUAUUAACCAUGGAACCUUACUGCUGCAGGGACAUGCUCUCCUCUCUUGACAAAGAGACCUUUGCCUAUGAUCUCUCCGCAGUGGUCAUGCAUCACGGGAAAGGGUUUGGCUCAGGACACUACACAGCCUAUUGCUACAACACAGAGGGAGGUUUUUGGGUCCACUGCAAUGACUCAAAGCUGAAUGUAUGCAGUGUGGAGGAGGUGUGCAAAACCCAGGCCUACAUUCUUUUUUACACUCAAAGAACAGUGCAGGGCAAUUCAAGAAUCUCAGAAACCCAACUCCAAGCUCAGGUGCAGCCCAGCACCAAGGAUGAAGGCCAACCUCAGAGCCUCCCCUGAGCCAAGGCAGCAUCGUAGACUGGCUGGCUGUCCAUCUGUUGGUGUCCGUUCAUCUGUCCUUGCACAGGACAGAAGGGUUAUGCAGGAACAGAUUGCUAGGUUUGCCAUACUGGGUCUAGAGUAGGAGGUGCCAGGUGUCUUGUGUCCUGCCAGAACACUUGGAGUCACUUGCUUUUGAAUGUGUUUGGAAAUGUCCUCCUUGCCUGAAACAAAAGGAGUGACUUCAGUGAGGUGAAGAGUGUUUCAUCAGUUGCUUCUGAGUAGAGAGGGAUCCGGGAGGAGAGAAGAGGGGUAAGUUGAUGGUCCAGCCAGGAAGAGAGCAGGGCUUCUCUCCCUUCUGAGAGUCUCCUGCUAUGCAGGCCCCGCCUACAGCAUGGGAGGAGUGCCCUCGAGCUGGGGCCAGCCAGGCGGGUGCUGGAGGGGGUUGGUUCCAAAGUGGGAGGCAAAGUCUAAGGGUUUAUUCCCAAAAGUAGUACCCUUCCAGCGUUGAAAACUUGCAGGGUAGUUCUCUUGGGGCUGGCAGUGGAGUGGAGGGAGGGUGCAGAGUGCGGGUUUCAGUGUUAUACCCUGCCCGCUGCUGCUGUCAUCAGUUGCUCCACACUUGAGACAGUUCAUAGAAGGAACUGAAGGGCUAGAGUGUGUUCUCCAUUGUACGCUGAGCCAAGCCACCAGUGGCUGUUCCAGCUCGGCAGCGGGUCCCUGGCUCAGGUCUAGGGCAUGCUUGUGGUUGCAUUUACACCUACCUGGGGGUCCACUGUCUGAGGCUUUCAGAGAGUGCGAAGGGUGGGCCAGGCCCUCUCCACAUCUGUUCCCAGCUUAUUUUUCUCUAGCACAGCAGGUCCUGCUUGUACCUGAGAGCAAGAACACUGGUGCUGUAAGAUUUAGGAGCUUUGCCUCCAGGGGAAAUUGCUUACGAAUCUACCCAUAGGUGUCCACCUUACUGCUGAUAGCACUGGCUCCGUCCUGAAGCUCCUGCUCCUACUGUGCUAUGCCCACCUGUCCUCAGUGCCUCAGAAAAAAAAACAAAGUGCCCACCCUGUACUUCUCUCUUUUAAAUUGGUCCAUUCUGAAUAGAGUGAAGAAAACCUUCCUUGCUGCCAGGCUGCACUCUCCCUUCUCACUCAGCCUCGCAGGGGAUGGUGAGGCCGACUCCAGCGGAAAGGUGUAUGUAUCACCUUAAUGUCUGAAUUCAGAUGGAGGCAGGCAUGAGAGACUCGGAAGGGCCAGGAAGUGGGAAAGCAAGGCUACAAGGUUAUAGCUCUGGCGGUGCUACUGAGCCGCAUUUCCCUAACAGAUCAUAGCAUUUGCUGUUGACCUCUUUUGUGACAAACUCUACCAUGGGACCUGCUAGCAGCACUGAGGCAUGGAGGAAAUUCAGACAGAAAAUGGCUCACCCUGAUGGGGAAGGAGUGACUGUGUUUUAAAUUAAACUUGCUUUCCCCAACACUGUGAGGUUUCUGUAAUAUUAGCUUUUAUUUGGAAGCGAUAGCGUAUGGCAUUUUUAUGCUGUUGGGUUUAGACUGUUUGCCGCAGGCUUCUUUGUGUAAGUGCUACCUAGGGUUGCCCUCUUCUGGACACUGUUUUAAAGUGUCACAGCUGCUGCACAGCCAGAGGCUGGGUGCAAAGCUGUACUCGAACCACGUUUCUAGGUUAAUCUGGCUGGCAGUGAAUCGGGCUAGGAGAGCCAUGAACAUGAAAGUAGAAAGGGAAGCACAAAUCGUGCCUCAUCUUGAAUGCUGUCUAUAAUUCUAGAAAGAGAACCUCCAAGCUAGGUAAGAACUAAUAGAGCACCUACCUUGCCCCUGCAGCUGCCCAGAGAGAAAUACUUAUUAUCGUAAAAACAUAAUUAAAAGAUCUUCCAAUUUAAUUUUUGUUUUGUUUUUUGGUACCAGGAAUCAAACUCACAACCUUUGCUUGCCUGGCAGGCGCUGUGCCAUUGAGCUAUCCCCAGCCCUCCAAAUCUAAUUUUAAAAGUCUUAUACCAAAUACUAGAUAGGAUUAUUAAGCAGGUUGAUUUUGUAAAGUAAGUGCUUAACACAGCUGAGCACCCCUUAUGAAACUGACAAAACCAUUUACAAUGAGUUGGAACAGAAACCAACAUCAGAUCCCUGACUAUGCCCUUGUGAAGGCGGCUCCUGCAACCCAACCCUCAGGUACGAGAAGCAGCAGUGCUGGACUUUGCUGUUGGGUGAGCGCUUAGGGAGAUUGGUAUAACAGCACAGUUGACUGCUGCUUCAGCCAGUGGCUUUGGGAGGGAAAUGUCCUGCUGCCUUUACUUACACAUUGAAGUAGAUGAAUGUCUGUUGCGUCUUAUGUUGAAACAUUCUAAAAAGAAGAAAAACCAGAGCAGGUAGAAGUUGAAUAGCUGCUGCAAGUGAAGCCCAGGAUCUCCUUGUGAACCUUCCUCAGGGGCCUGCCUCUCUCCCAGGGUGAGCAGUGAAAGUCCCGCUCCAGGAACCCUGGCCACUGGCUGCCGUGUUUACCUGCUGCUCCAGCCAGCCAGAUGAGCGCACCCUGGCCCUCAGAAAAGAUUUCUUACCUCAGUCCAGCCUGCCCUCAGGCAAGUGUUUGCCUGACAGCAGCACCUGCACUAGCACGAAAGCUGUUAGGGAUACCCUCAGCAGUGGCAGCAAAGUGCUCGGCCUCGGUGGACCAGCUUUGGUCCAGCCCCUCCCGGGCUGGGGCGGGGGCAGUGCCACACACUGUAAAGAACUUAGAGACAUCUCUUCAAGUGUCACGAGUAAAAGUAGAGACUGUGCAAGUGUUAAUGUGUCCUAUGGACUCAAUAGCAGAGUUUAUUUUUGCUGUUAACUGCGAGGCUUCUAGAGUCAAUGAUUGUAUCAGUUCCCUGCUCUGGCAGAGCUCGCAGCUCCAUCCAAGUACAAAGGAAGGACCCAUGCGGUGGCUUGGCUGGCAGUGGGGUGUCCCCUAGCAUGAGCCCAAGAGAGGUGACAGUAGCUUGGAAGGAAAACUUGGUUGGGGUGGGGGGUAGGUGGGGCUGGGGUGGGGGUGAGCCAGGGAGGGAGAAAUGGAGUUUAUUGAUAAAGCUUUGUGAACUAAUUUUAUACAAUUCAUAAAAUUUGGUGCCUUGUAUUCAGUUAUGGUUUGCAUGAGAUUGAAGAUUAAGGGAAAGGAUUCCUUCUUGUCAUUCCAAGUUGCCAAUGGGUCUAUGUAGUGUUUAAAGGACAUGGUAUCAGACUUUUUAAAGCAUUUCAUAUCUUGUGUGAGUGCAAAUUAUUCUUACCAGCAAGUUCUGAAAUAUUACUGUAGUGUCCAAAUUGUCUGUCUGUGAUUGCUCGUCAAAUGCCGCCUUUCAAGGCAGACUGUCCUUGCUGUUCCCUCCCCUGUGUGUUACAAGCAUGAACGCUGGCCUUUUCACAUCAGGCCGGAAGGCGGCCCCUACCGUGUCCCUGUCUAGGGUUAUAGUUAGGAGUGGAAGGGUUGCUUUUCCAGCCAGUUGGAGAGCACAAAUGAUCAAAAAGGCCUUUUAGUUUUUAUCAAAACAACUGAUGCUGGGCAACUUACAGUAGAAGUCAAACAAAAUGGUCCCUUCAUUGGUUUUAAGUUCUUUUGCACAAGACCCCAGGAAGCAGUGUGAAAACAAGCCCCUCUGUGAACCUUCCUGUCAUAAGGCCAGCCAGUGCACUGUGUAAUAUGCAGAGGGCAAGGCAGAAAAGAGAAGCCCUUCACCAGCUCUCCGUGCCCCUUCCCAGGGCAGGCACUGACUGGGCUGGCCUGAGUGUCCGGAGGAAGCCUAAGGCCCAGGCGGCUCACUGCAGGGCUGUGCACAGCCCGUUCUCUUAUCCAUCCACACGUAAAGUUUCCACUGGCUCAUGAGACUUCACCAAAGGUCACUUUUCUAAGCACACUUGAUAACUGGCUCUCUCGGCCUGGUUUCUGGACUCACUAAGCAGACAGCUCUGCCUCUGGGAUAAAACUUCUCAUUGCCACUUAAUUUUUUACCCAGUAAGAUUGGUGCAGAUUAAAAUCAGCACUAAGGAAGCGCCUUCUAAUAGGACUGUGAAGUCAGUUUGUGUCUUACACAUGUAGCAGCCAUUCCUUGGUCUAGGGCUGUGGCUUUAUCCUUCAUGUACUCCAACCUAUAUAUAUAUAUAUAUAUAUAUAUUUUUUUUUUUUUUUGAUACCAGGUAUCAAACUCAUGACCUCACACUUGCCACACAAGCUGUUAUACCACUGAGCUAAAUCCCUGGCCAUCAACUUAUAUUCUUAAUGCAGCAUAGCUGCUCUGGCAUUAAAGCAAGCUGGCAUCUUUGUGGGCUCUUUCCAUACUUACAUGUUGGUGUGUUUCAUUUAAAAUCCAGUGUACGACAAAGAGGAAAGCCAGCAUUUUCACAGAAUUACUAUCCUCCAGUAACUCAGGAGGCUGAGGCAGGAAAAGGAUCAUAAGACUGAGGUUUGCCUGGGCUACAGAGUAAAACCCUGUCUCCAAAAAUAUAUAUAUAAACUUAAAAAAUUUAUUUUGAAAUUGUAGAUGUGGUGGUUUUAUUUACUAAGUUGUUACCACUCUGAGGAAGUAAGCCAGUUUAAAUGAAACUUUACCUAACCAGCAUUAUGGCUUUAAAAACUACCCAACAAUAAAUACAAGUACUUGAAACGAAACAUUAAAUUUUAAGUAGAAAGCUGGGCAUGGUGGCACAUGCCUGACAUCCUAGCACACAGGAGGCUGAGGCAGGAAAAUCACUUUAAGUUCAAGACCAACCUGGACUACAUAGUGAGACCCUGUCUCAAGAAAAUAAAAUGAAAUAAAAUUUGAAUGAAAUUUAAAUUAUGUUUAGAAACUGCCAUGUGUUAAUUCUUGCUGGAUUUUGAUUUUCAACUUUGGAAAUUUUUAAUCAAAUAGAACCACACACAAUGGUGACAUCAGGUAGGAAAUUAAGGAUAUAACUCAUUCCUGUAAGGAUCAGGUGCUGGUAUUUUUUUUGUCUUAGCAUUGCCCUGAUGUCAGCCAGAUGGGGUUUAGCACCUAAGGAAAGGCUUAAAAAUAUCUCUUCCUGGUCACUGCGUGGCUGUGAUGGUUUCAGACCUAAGCCCUGCUCUCUCGCAUGUCACCAUUCUUCAUCUUGAUAAUCAGUUAAGACAUAAACCUUGCAGAGAAGCUGUGAUCCCAGAACACAGACUCUGAAGGGUCCUGGUUUUCAUAUUAAGCCAACCUCUUGUCAAUUUGUUGCUCUUGUGGACAGGAUCUAUCUUUUGACAUUCCAAAGAGAAUGGGGCGUGGUGGCACAUACUUGUAAUCCUAGCACUCAGGAAGCUGAGACAGGAGAAUGGCUGAGAGUUUGCAGGCCAGUCUGCACUCCCUACAUAGUGAGUUCAAGGCCAGCCUAAAUUACACAGUAAAACCCUGUCUCAAAAAAGUAAGAACAAUUUACAAAAGAAUGGUGCUUUAAAAAAAAAAACAUAUAAAAAGAAUCACUCUUAAAGAGCUUCUACUGUCUUCUGGUGCUGGAGUGAAACCCAGGGCCUUGGGCAUGGAGAGCAUUCACUAUCACUGAACAACACCCCACCCUCAGUCAGCUUUUUUUCCUUUUUUGGUACCAGGGAUCGAAUUCAGCACUUAUGCCUCAGAGUUAAAUCCUCAGCCCUCAAUCAGCUUUCUUAAUCAGACUUAUGCCUGAAGGACCAAGACUGUUCUGCCCUGUUUACCAUUAGUGAAUAAAUUGUCAGGCAACACCUGUCAACUGUGACAGUUAAGUCAUUAAGGUCCAGUUACACUGAUCACCUUUCAGAUUCAUGUCCUUAAUGCUACACAGCCCAUAGACUUGGCCCAUAAAAGCAAUAUAUUUCUAAAUGCUAAGAAAUUGACUAAAGAAAAAUUAUUGUGAAGAACCUUUUAUAUUUCCCCCUCUUUGUAUGGCCACAUGAGCUUUCCAUGUCAGUUCUUUAAAUAUUCCAGUUCCAAAGAGCCCCACGCUCUUGUCUGGUGGCAUGACUAUAGAUUUUAAGGUCACAAAACAUUUCUCCUUGUGAAGGAGCGGCUUCCUGAGCAGUAUCACUUUAGUGUCUACACCAUGCUUACUUCUGGCUUGUUCCACCUACACACCAUCGUGCUCUUUCUGCCACCAAGCCUCAUUCUUUUCCAACAAUGCCUCUCUGGUGCCUGGAAAACCCACCUGGUGCACUUAAAAUGCUAUGCAACACCAAAUGGCUUCUCCCUCUUUACUGGUCAACAAUACACAUUUCUUAAUAAUAAGCUUCCUGUUAUGUCUGUGUCAGUGUAGUGUGCGUGGUCCCAGUGUUUACUUGUUUUUCGUUUAAAAUGAGGCAAGCCACCUCCAUUACAAUCCAUGUUGGCACUUGUUCCUGUCUUUCCAGUGUGAAAUAUAAAUCAUGUUUUUAUGAUUUUUGUAAAUCUUGACUUUUUUACACCUUGUUUUGUAUGCAGAAGUUUCUUAUUAAAAGAAUAAAAUGCC